CGCUAACAGAAUAUACUUUCAUCACUCGCUUCCGCUCGCCUUCGGUCGCUGUGGAAAUUCUGAAGGUGAAAUCAGGGCGAAGCUAGGCAAACAAGUUGAUUUUCUUCGAAAACAGCAUUGAUUAGCUGUAAACCGACUUCUCUCGAGUUGUGAGCACAGGAUAAAUGCAAAUUUUUAUGAGGUCAAGAUAGCUACGAACAAUCUGAAAAUAGAAGAAUACAAGUCGGCAAAUUGAACAAGAAUACAGUCAGCCUUUGAAGGAAACAACUCCAGCCAACGGAGAAUCAAAAGAGACUUUCCUAAGCGGUUAACAUUGAUUUAUCAUUCAGGAAUCGCCGACCAAGAACGCGCAAACUAUCAAGAGGAAACAAAAGUAAAGAACAUGAAUUUAUUUGAUUUAAGAAACAACGGAUUGAAUACUUUGUAGUGAGCUUGUAACAAAGGUUCUGGCUCGAUUGAUCAACAAAUCUGGUGAUCCGAUGCUUUCAUCAGUUUGAUCUGGUCAGCCUUCUCGCUAACUGAAGUAAAUCCUAUUACAAACCUUGUGACGAAUUUUGACAGUCUGAACGACGGCCAUAUUGAUUUAUCUGGGACGAAAGAUCCUCGACUGCACAAGGACUGUCCUUCGAAAUCUUGAAUCAACAAAAGUUAACGGCCUUUAACUCUGUAAAAAGGCUCAUAUAAAUAUCCCUGCUUCAGAAGGAAGAAGUGCAGUUGGAAUUACUAGUCUGAAUUUCAUCUGGAGACUGUGUAAAUAGUCACCAACAUGUGUUGUAGUUGUCUUUGUAGUUGCAUUCAAAGUUUUCUGUCAAAUUGUUGCAAAUGCCUUGGCAAGAGUUGUAUGGCGAUAUGCCGGGGGAUUUGCCGGUGUUUCUGCAACGCCGUUUCCCCUGGUUGUGGUUUCCUUCUGCAAAUCAUCUUUUACGCCAUAUUUCAAGGCUUCAACAUUGGCACUGACGUCGGCGUCUUUUUAGAAACGUCCAAGACAUACGCGCGUUGCGAUGAGCUUUCAACCGGGAUGCUUCAACCUCUGAGCAACGACACAAACCUGACGCGUCCUUACUGCGUCGCGACGGAAAACGCUACGCAAGCGUUGCUAGGUGAAAAAGCAGCAACGCUUCAACUCCUAGAGGGCUUUUUCUUUUUCUUCAUAUGCCUCUCUGGUGGGAUUUACGUGAUCCACAUAGUUGUACUGUUCCCGAACACGUGCAAACACUGGAAUGAUGAAAACUUCGAGAACAUGGUCAGCGAGGCUGGUCCUUACUACCAGAAGAUCCUUCAAAUUCACACCCUGUUUCUACUGCUGGAGACGUUGGUUCACGAUGUGCCUAUGUCGUGUCUGGCUGUAGAGCUUUGUGCGCAGAUGUGGGGAGCCGGUGGCAUAAACUGCUGGGAUUGUGCCCUAACACCUCAAGAGCUCCCUAAAAAUCCCAUGGCGCAGAUCAAUUGUGAGAUGUGGCUGGGACUUCUCCUGGGCUCCAUAGCUAUUGUGAGCAUUUACAAGGGUAUCUUGCCCCUUUAUUCAUGGAUUGGUAAUCCCUUCUGCUGGGCCUGCUAUCCACUUCGCGUGUGCGUGGUGCUCCCAGCUGGGUUCCUUUACUGUGUGCUCGCCUUAUCCCCCGCCAUGGGAGUGGCCAUAAAUCGCCUGUUUAAAGUGGCGCCCCAGAUGAAGGACGAAAUGGGAACAAUAGCAUCGACCAUUUGGACCUUUGGCUUGUUCUUCUGGGGUAUCAUAUUUUUGCUGACCUUCCUGUACUGGUACUUCUGUGGUAAAUGUUUAUGUAUGUUGUGUUGUCCCUGUGAGAGGAAGGAAAAAGCCGAUGGCUCCAAGGAGGGAUGUUUGUGUUGUUAAUGAGAUCAAGACGGUGAAAUAUGAAUUGUCAUUUGGUUUCUUGAUUGCGAAACUAGUUUGUUUACGUUUGAUUACUACUUUUAAUUUUUGUUACUUCGCAUAAUUUUGGAGAGCAAGCUAAUUCGGGAAAAAUGGUGGUUCCAUUCAGUCAGUCGUUUCAAAUAAUUACUGUCUCAUUUAACUAAGAUUCAGUUUGUUUUUGAGGCCAAGGCUUGAGUAAUCCAUAUUACAACUAUAAUGUGUCAUGAUCCAAGUCCACACUCGGAGAAAUAAGUGACCUUGGCUCACCAAAACAGGAAGUUAAAGAAAAACAAGACUCCUUGUAGAAAUAAGAGCGCAUGACGUUUCCGCCUAUGUAAAACGCUUUCGGUUGAUUGUCGUGAGAAAAUCGAAGAAAGCGUAACAGCCAAUCAGAAUGAAGAUGAAUAUCACUGAGAUCGACACAAUGUUCAGUAUGGCGCUGUUGAAAUCAUAAGCUCUAUAAAUUGUCCUUAUAUUUCUUUUAUAUAUCUCUUAAAUUUAAGUAACAUUCCUCUGCCUCUUAUCGAGACAAAUUAAUGUUACUGUCUAAAGAUUUCAAAAUAGUGAAACUCUCACCCGAGAUUUUAGGUGCUCUGAUAUUUAUGCUGCUUGUAAAUAUCA